CCACGCGCGUCUUCCCGGCCUCUUUAUAUCUAAACUGAAAUUCACCCAUUUCCCUACAAGUCCUUCAAAUCCUAACCACACCAACAGGAAGCUAGCUAAGUAGCAGACCUUAUAGCAACUAGUGUUCAUGGCUACUCUUCUAGCUGCUUCUUCUUCUUCUUCUUCAGCUUCCUUUAGAAAAAUCAAAACCACGCUAAAUAUUGCCCCAAAACACCAAUCAUCUGAUCAUCUUUCUCUUCCUAACCUCCCUGUCGAUGAGUUGAAUCGACGUAAUGGGCUACAAGCAUUUAUACCAACUUCAACCCACAUAGAAAUGAAGCCUAAUAUUAUUGAUAGUAGUACCGGAAACGUCGGCGUUUCCAGGUCCAAGACAAUAUUGCAAGAGCUAUAUACAAUAAUGGAAAUUGUAGCAGACAGAGCAGAAAUGCACAAGAAUAUAGGAGCUCAGAGAGAUAACUGGAACCGUCUUCUGCUGAAUUCUGUUAAUGGAAUGACAUUCACAGCAGCAACAAUGGCUGGACUUGCGGCUGUCAGUAAAGUACUUGGAGCACCAGUUUUGGCUCUAAAGCUCUCUGCUAGUCUUCUGUAUAUGGCAGCUACUGGUAUUUUGCUGGUGAUGAAUAAAAUUCAGCCAUCUCAGCUUGCAGAAGAACAAAGAAAUGCUUCAAGACUAUUCAAACAACUUCACGAGGAUAUCAAAAUAACUCUGGCUAUUCGAAACCCGACAGCCAAUGAUGUGGAGGAUGUGAUGGAGAAAGUCUUAGCCUUAGAUAAGGCCUACCCACUUCCCUUGCUUGGGACAAUGCUGGAUAAAUUUCCAGUAAAUGUAGAGCCUGCUGUGUGGUGGCCGCAACAUUUGAAGUCUCAACAAGAAAAUAAGGUUAAUGGGAGGGUAGAGAGAAAUGGGUGGAAUGAAAAUCUGGAGGAGGAAAUGAAGGAGGUUCUUGGGGUUUUGAAGAGAAAAGAUGCAGCAGAAUAUGUGAGGCUGAGCAAAGAAGUACUAAAAGUGAACAAAAUUCUUGCAGUAUGUGGCCCUUUAUUUACUGGUUUGGCUGCCGUGGGAUCAGCCUUUGUGGGAUUGCCUCUCGGCGGCUCAUGGGCUGCAUUUUUCGGUGUGAUUUUUGGAGCUUUGGCCACUGUGGUCAACACGAUGCAGCAUGGUGGGCAGGUUGGGAUGGUAUUUGAGAUGUAUAGGGGAUCAGCCGGAUUUUUCAGGCUUAUGGAAGAGAAUAUAAUAUCAACUUUGACGGAAGGAGAGGCUGAUAAGAGGGAAAAUGGAGAGUUGUUUGAACUUAAAGUGGCUCUUCAGCUUGGAAGGAGCUUGUCAGAGCUCAGAGGCCUCGCAAGAAGAAGUACUUCAUCUUUGCCUUCUGGAAACAGGCAGGACAAAGAAGAGUAUGCAAGCAAGCUCUUCUGAUUUUUGAAGGGUUGUCUUAAUUUUGUGCUAAAUUUUAUAUAUUUUUUAGCAUAUAUUUUGACAACGCUAGCUUGAAUAGGCGGAUCACAGCAGCUAUUUUGUCAGUUCAUAUUUUCAUGUAUUCAGAUAAAAAUAUUGCUGAAUUGGAAUCAAAGAUACUUUCUUUCUUUAUCUUUUUUCUUUUCAAGCUUAUGCAUAUAUCUUGCUUGAGGAAAUAAAUUUCAUGAAGGCAAUAGUGAUGAAAACCGCAGGAAACUUGUGAUUUAAAAGCAAAAAAAUAAAGAAGUGACAAUUAUGCAUUUCAUGGGAAAAUUAUACUCCAAAAGCAGGCGUGGGUGCAUGGUUCAUAUUUAACAUUUGCGGAUUGAGAGCAAUAGGAUUCGGAGAUGAAGAAUCUAUUUACAUGCUCAUCCUAGCUGAUGUACGGGGAAGACAGCUGGUUUCUUGUAAGAAUGUGAAGGAUACUGUUGUGAACAGAACAUUGGCUUAGUGCUUGGAGUAUUCCGAUCCUUCCAGUACUUUUGAUGUCUGAGUUCAUGUAGCUACUUUUUGUCGAAUUGUAAUUUCUGUUUUGUUGGUUUUGUUUA